AUGGGAGGCUUUCUCGGCUCUCUAAGCAAGGACCUUCGUGGUUGCGUGCUGUUCUUCAUGUACCGGUCGCUCCAUCUGUGGACGAAAGCAACGCGGGCGGCGAGGACGGUCAUCCCCUCGCGCAGCGCCGAGACUGUCUGGGUCCGAUGGGCCUUUGGCUUGCGACACGUCGCGGUGAUUGCCUCGGCCACGAUGACGUAUCUCACCAUUCGAGCUGAUGAGCGUGGUGAUGAGGACGAGGUGCUACGGCUCAUUCUGUGGGGGCUCAUUCCGUCCGGGGUGCGGACUCUGGCAGCAAUGUUGACGUCGACACUGGAUAGGAUCCACGCCAAGGACGCGCAGAUCGAGGCACUGGCGUUGCAGCCGCUGAUGCUGCGGGGCGCUGCGUUUUCGCGGACCCAUACCAAGAGCCGUGGCAGGGCGCGCGAUGCGCUCACCGACCGGUACGGGUUCCAGGUCUCGACGCCGCUGCUCACCCAGUAUGUGUCGCUUGCCAAGGGCAUUGAGAUUCCGCUCAACUACAUUGUGCAGAAGCUCUUCCUCCUCAUCCUUGUUGUGCUUUUCAUCUUCCCAGACACGCUCUCCAAGAGCCUCACUCGCGAUCUCAACACGUGGUCGCGGUACAUCCGUAUCGCCACCACCCUUCUCCUCGCCCCGCUCAACCAGUACCUCGGCUGGCUGCGAGUCGAGGCGUACCGGCAGGUUCAGGUGGCGUGCCAGGCCAAGAUCGCGGCCCGGUACGGCGACCAGCUCGAGCUGCUGCGGCAGCUCCGCGCCAAGACAGCUUCCGACACGGAGUAUGGCUCGGACUCGAGCUCGAGCUCCAAUGACGUGAGCAAGCGGAUGACUGCAGCUGAGGUUGGGGGCUGA